AUGAAUAUCCAUGCGGCAAAACUUCUUACUGGAUUCCAUAACUUUGUAGCUGGACAUCCUGGGGUACCUGUUCCUCUUGCUCAGCUCAUUGAAAAUUUGAGGACAGCCAUAAAAUUACCGAUUAUAGUGGGUUUAAUCGACAUAGUUUCCAAGAAUGCAAUUGCAUCACCCUUGCCUAAAGACAUGUGGGCCAUUGAGACAGCCCAGAACAAGAAUCCCAAGAAAUAUUCCCAAGACGUGGUGGGUUACUUCCAGUACAUUGAAGAGCACAUAGACCAAUGGUUAGAGAAAUGGGGAUAUGGGAAGUAUGGAUCCAAAUCCCAUGCAAGGGGGGAUGAAGCAGAUUUUGAUGAUGGGGUGUCAGAUAUGAUCUGUUUGACUCAAGUCAGUUGUUCUUUGGUUCAUUGUUGA